UGAAGUCAUAUAUGAACACGUUCCUUUCGAUAGACAAGCCGUCCGGUCCGUGAUUUUUGCUAACUAAAGAAGAACUUUGCAUCGUGUUUGACUGCUUUAUGUUACGGCAUUUGCUUGGGAUCCGUCCAGAUUUUAUCAUUAGUUCUACACUUAGUCGAUUUAAGCACAGCAUGCGUCUUGUCCAAUUCGUUGAAGGUGGAAGACAGAGGGUUGGUGUUGAGACCAAAGAUGGCGGCGAUGUGGUUGACUUGUGUGCAGGGGAAUCCUCUAUCCCAAGUGAUAUGAAAUCUUUCCUAGCAGGAGGAAUAGAGAUGGUGAAGAAAGCGCAAAGGGUAGUGGAUGGAGGUCAACAUGUACUGAAGAGGGAAGAUGUUCAACUCAAGGCUCCAAUUCACAAUCCUAACAAACUCAUCUGUGUGGGAAUGAACUAUGUUGACCACUGUUUAGAGCAAAAUGUUCCUUUGCCCACAGAACCUGUAAUUUUUAGCAAGUUUAAUAAUGCAAUAACAGAUCCAGGAGCACCAAUCAUUUAUCCUGAGGAAACACAGGAACUAGACUUUGAAGUGGAGCUUGCUUUUGUCAUUGGAAAAACAGGAAAGAAGAUUAAGGAAAAUGAAGCUAUGGAGUAUGUUGCAGGCUACACUGUAGUACAUGAUGUUAGUGCACGAGACUGGCAGCUAAAGAAAAAUAGUGGACAGUGGCUAAUAGGCAAAACAUUUGACUCAUUUUGUCCAAUUGGUCCAGCUAUAGUCACUAGGGAAUCUCUAUCAGAUCCCCACAAGCUGGGAAUCCGUUGUCGUGUUAAUGGAAAUGUCAUGCAAGAUUCAAAUACUGAAAAUUUGGUGUUUAAGACAGAAGCAUUGGUUUCUUUUAUAUCUAGAUUUAUUACCCUGUCUCCUGGCGAUGUUGUUAUAACAGGUACUCCACCAGGUGUUGGCUGUUUCAGAAAACCACCAGUAUACCUGAAGAAAGGUGAUGUGGUUGAAUGUGAAAUUGAUGAAAUCGGAUGUAUCUCAAAUACAGUUCAGUGAAGUGGCCUUAGUUAAAGAAACAGCUAGUCACACCUAGAAGCCUAUAGUUCAUUAUCAGGUCAUUUCAAGCCAUUCUGAUCCAGGGAAUGUUCAAGGAAUACAGCAAAUUGAUACAACUUGGACACCAUUUACUUUUUCAAAGUAGAAAAUACGUAUAAUCAUAAUUUAGAAAUAAUUAUAGUUCGAUAACAACAAAAUAAAACAAGCAGCAUAUGAUGCUUAGCUUUUAUCUGGGUCUUAGUUAUGCGAAUUUUGAAAUCUCGAUUACCCAAACCAUGUAGUUACCAAAUCAUUAUGGGAAAUGAACGUUUUAGGAAAUAAAAGCGAAACUUUCAGUCGA